ACCCCAUACCGGCCAUACCCCACAUGUGUGCAUGGUUAUGCAUCUGAGCGCUUUUUGACUGCAAUCCGCCACUACUGAAAUAAUAUAUUUGUGCUUUUAUUAUUUGAUUCAGAAUAGAUAGUUAACUAUGGAUUCGUUUAUUAGAGAUUAAUAAUUAAAUGUGGAUGCUACUAGUAAAAAAAGUCUGUUGGCAGAAGACCCAGAACUGGAAAACCAAACAUAACCUCUGUAUUUAUGAAUGCUACUGCUAGUUCCAUUACAAACAACUGAAUUUUUCAAAAUAACACAAAAAUGACUCAUCCCAAAGAAGAUUUUGUUAAAAAUUUAGAUAUGAAUCCUUUCGAAGGAAUGAUAAUUGAAGACGAUAUACUUUUAUCACAAUUAGAUGGACGAGAAUCAUGUCCUAAAUGUAACAAGUCUAGAAAAUAUUAUUGUUAUACUUGUUAUGUUCCUAUUGAGAAAUUAACGGGAAGAAUUCCCCAAGUGAAGCUUCCAAUUAAAAUAGACAUUAUAAAACAUAAGCAUGAGAUAGAUGGAAAGAGUACUUCUGGACAUGCUGCUGUACUGGCACCAGAAGAUGUUAAAGUUUAUACAUAUCCAAACAUUCCCGAUUAUUCAAAAGAAAAGGUGGUUCUAGUCUUUCCUAGCUCUAAUGCUAUAACCAUACCUGACUUGUUGAAACAUAAUGAUUACGAGGAACUUUUAAAAUUCAAACGAGAACCAUUGGAGGAUAUUCCCAAAGGUUAUAAUAGGUCAACUCUUCUGAAAAAAAUCAACAAAGACUCCGAUGUUGAAUUCAAAAUAAUAAAAACAUUACCUGUAGAUAAGGUGAUAUUUAUAGACAGUACUUGGAAUCAAAGUAAGGGUAUAUUUAAAGAUCCCAACAUAAAUAAAAUUCCAUGUGUUGUAAUAGCUAAUAGAAUUUCUCAAUUCUGGAGGCACCAAAAAGGUAGCCCUAGGUGGUAUUUAGCAACUAUAGAAGCAAUUCAUCAAUUCCUGAUAGAAAUUCAUCUGUACAAAUGGGGUUUAGACAAAGACUAUAAAGGCAUACAUAAUUGUUUUAGUGAAAAUGCAAUUUUGCAUUUGGACCAGUUAUUUAAUCAAACAGAAAGUGCAUAUAGGGGACAAUAUGAUAAUUUAUUGUAUUUUUUUAAGCAUAUGUUCAGGUUGAUUCAUACAUAUUAUGAUCAUAAAGAUCUUUACGCUUAUAAGCGAAGGUUAUUGUAAAAAUGUUUCAUAUCUUGGUUUCAGCUUUAAUGAUGCAUGGGAGAAUCAAUUUGUAGAAUGAAAAUGAAAUAGUAUUUAUUUUGAAAUGAAAGAGGAAUGUUCUUCAACUUUU